CCCAUGCGUCAGGGUGUUUUGAUCGGUGGUAAACAAACCAAAAGAAAGACUUGAAAGAUUUUACCUGUAUCCUUGUGAUGGUCACGUUGUUUAGGAAUUUUGGACCUUGAUUUUCGGUGUCCUGUCACAUCGAUAAGAGGUUAAUUGAUCGGAAGCAAAGAAAACCAGAAUGGCAACUUCUUCUGAAAAAGCAGCGGUCUUUCCAAGGUCACAAAGUUCAAUCAGGCCCAAUUGAUGCUGUGGAAUGUUAUGGAUGAUGGCAGUUCUGAAAAUAUUUUUGUUGACAUUAUGUCUGCUAAAUUUUGGCAAAGGAGAGGUCAUUCCACCAACCAUAUUGCAGAAUUUUCUGGAUCAUCUUAGUAAUUGUUCUUCCAUUCAAACGUCAUCAAGAAAAGAACAAUGCUUGACUCCAGAAGAACUCUUUAAAGGGUUAAAUUAUGCUAGUGGGAGUUCCUUGUCACAACUCAAUAGCAGUGUUAUUUUGGAGAGACUUGCUACAGCUCAUUGUUAUGAUGGAAAAUCUUACGGUGUUGGCACUCUGUCUGACCAAAAGAGCAGGCCUGCACCAGGACAAGUUUGGGGAAUGGGCAUACUGUUUGUGACAGUUAUAUCACUUUGCUCACUUCUGGGUGUCAGCGUUAUGCCCCUUAUGGAUAAAUCAUUUUACAAACAACUACUAACUGUGCUCAUUGGUCUUGCUGUUGGUUCUCUGUCCGCGAGUUCUCUCUUCCACCUAAUACCUCAAGCCUUCAGUUUGAUGGAUAAUGACGUACAUCAUAAAUACUUAUCGAUUUGUCUCUAUGUUUGGGGUGGUAUUUGGGUCUUCUUCAUGGUGGAACGAAUCCUGAAGAUAAUCCAUGAUAGUCGAGAGGCAAAGCAGAAAAAGGAUAAAGUCCACAAUACAGUUUCUUCCAUUUCAAGCCCAAGCCAACCUAGUGUUUGUCUUUUACCUGCCCACAGGCAGGAUGAGGUUAAUUCAGACAGCUGUAUGCAUGAUGCCAGUACCAUUUAUGAUUGUCAGGAACAAGUUAUUAAGGCAUCUUUUGGUCAUGCAGAGAGACCUCAUCCUAGCAACAACCACAGUCAUACCAUUACUUUUGAUAGCAACAAAGACAGUGCCAUUGCCACUGUUGCGUGGAUGGUAAUUUUUGGCGAUGGACUUCAUAAUUUUAUUGACGGAUUGUCUAUUGGCGCUGCUUUCAAUGAAAGUAUUCUUACUGGUAUUAGUAUUAGUGUUGCUGUUGUAUGUGAAGAAUUUCCUCAUGAACUAGGUGAUUUUGCAGUGUUGCUCAAUGCAGGCAUGUCAAUUCGUCAAGCAUUAUUGUACAAUUUUCUGUCUGCCUGCACAUGUUACCUUGGUCUUAUUGUUGGAAUUGUUCUUGGUGAAUUUGAGGCCAGCACCUACAUAUUUGGGUUUGCUGCUGGAAUGUUUUUGUACAUAUCUCUUGUUGACAUGGUCCCAGAGAUGAACGAGGUUGCGGAAGAAGCAAGCAAAGUAAGCUGGCAAAAAGCUGUUCAAACAUUAUUCUUACAAAAUGUUGGUAUGUUAACUGGUGUUACAGUGUUGUAUCUGCUUGCUCGCUAUCAGAACCACAUCAAUUUUUCAUGACUUUUGUAAAUAGAUUGAAGUACUUACAAGUAUUGUGCGGUCUGAUAUCAGUAACAGUUUACUGUUUUAUCACUGAGUCUUAAUUUCCCAUUAUUAGUAAAUAGUACUCUUUUAUUGAACACUUUUGUUAAAUGAUGAAAUUGACAUGGUAGGAGUUAAAAAUUCAAGUUCUCCUACUCUAGAACUUUUUAUUGUUUUAUGGUGGUCAUAUAUCCUGGUAUAAUAUCUUGUUGGAACUCUCUGUCGACUGUGUUAAAUUUAUUUAUUUUGAAGUGGUUUUGUAAGCAUUUUUAUGUGACUGUUUUAAUAUAGUAAUCAAUUUAAGUCCAUGUUUAACCAUGACAGAUUUUCUUUCUUAGUAUACUUUUUUGUUCUAGAAUACCUAUUGCCUUGUUCUAAAAGGCUGAUUCUGUUGAGAUUAUCGUUAUGUCAUAUUUUAGUUAAUUAUGAGAAUGGGUUUUGUGCAUAAUCUUCAUUCAGGUACAUUUGUAACCUUUCCCAACUUUUACUUGUGACAGCUGUACUCUUUUAUUUUAUAGUUCUAUGAUCCUUUAGUGUCCGAUACACCACAUGCACGACCCUCUUCCAAAAUAUCUGAUUUUCCAGCUAAUGUGUGUUCCAAUGAAUCUCAGCUGUCCUCCAUGUUUUAAGAAACUGUUAUCAUUGUGAGUCAGGACGUAGCACAGAAAGUGUGACAAUAAGUAGUCCAUCUGUUGUGUCUUGAUGAAUUUUAGAGUGUUUACUUUAAAGUUUUAUGAACUCUGUAUUGAAUCUGUUAUUACCUUAAUUAUAUCUAAGUAUACUACUCUGUGAUUUAAGGUAACAUUAAUAACCUUGUAUGCGAAACGUGCUAAUAGGGUCCACAAAUAUUUAAUAUUUGUGGCUAUUUGUUAUCAUACUGCUUUUACAACAUUUUUUCUUGGGAAUUUUUAUUAAUUUGAGUAUACCCAGUGUACUAUAGGCAGUUAGUGUUAUGAAAUUGGACUUAUAAUUUUUCAAAUAAUCCAGCCAUCAAAACUCAUACAAGAUUAUUUGUACUUACAUUAGUGAGUGGUGUCUGUGGUAAUCUGUGUGUGCUUGAGUUGAUUUAAUAGUUUUGGAAUGGAACUGUGUUAUUUGUGACUGCAAAGGACUGUACUUUUUGUAAGAGUAGCUUUAUUGUCCACCUAGCUUCAAUUUGUAGAUUUAUGACAGCAAAGCCCGAAAAGAUGACAGUAAAUCUGCUUCAAUCAAUCUCGCUAUUUUAUCUCUAAAUAUAAAUCAUGAGUAUGUAGCCUUACUCAUAAAAAAAGACAAUUGCACCUGAUCAUCAAAGUUAAUGGGAGAAAUUUUGACAAUCAGGACCUAGACAUAUCAGUGUCUUCAAGACGAUCUCAAUCCAAAAGUCUGUUAAAAUAAAUGCUUUGCCAACUGUAAUGUACUGUAUCUGUAGAUGUCCUACCCCAAGUACCAGAAAUUAGAUCAAAUUUAUGUAAAUAUUUUAUCAUCGCUAAUUUAUCACCAUGUCAUUUUUUCGAUUGUGGAAAUAAACUUCACAAGUGUUUUGUCACUUUUAUUUUGAUCGGACAAAAUUUAUGUUGAAUUUGACUCGUUUAAUAAUGUGAAUGAUACGCUGUCCACAAUAAUUAAAAAUAUGUAUCAAUAUCACUUAUAUAUGAUCAUACUGGAUGGUUUAUAGACCCCUUCCGUUAUUUUGCUUAUGCUGUCCUGGAUGCAGGCGUGCGGCCGGGUUGCAUACUCGCACGGGGCCAUAAGGCGCCGCUGUGAGCGACGGUUGGAAAGCCCGCCCGCACGUCUGCAUGCGGUACAGUAUAGGCAAAAUAAAGGACAGGCCUGUGGGGCACCCUGUAUGUAUAUAUCAAAAAACCACUGUUACUUGGGAUAAGUUCUUUGCCAACAUAAGGUUGCUCACUUUUUCCUGUUUUUUUUUUUUUAUUGUUUAAUGUCAAUGCUUCACAUGUUGUUGUCGUUCACCAUGGAUGUUUUUUUUUUAUGACAUUGUGAGAUUUUUGCUUUGUUUUGUUUUCAUAUUGAACAGUUUUGAGCUAUGAUCUUAGUACUGUUUAACUGCUCUUCUUUUGUAGAUAUUUGUUUACGUCUAAAGUAACUAUUCUGUUACUUAAGGCUGAUUGUGCUGAUUUGAUUUCUGAUGGCUCUUUAAUUCUGUCCACAACUUUACCCUGUCAUAUGCUCAAGGUAUACUUUGUUCAUAAGAAAAUGCAAGAAAUACUUUACAUUCUAGUCCAACAGUUAUUUGGUUUCAUAUAGGUAUGUAUGUACCUGCAAUUUCUCAGAUUUUCAAACCUGAUUCUAAAGAUUAAAAACUGAACAGAAAACUAAGGAA